CCACCUCCCUCCCUCUCGGGCUCAGCCUCUGCCGUCCCAGGCCAGCCUCUGGACACAGGACCAGCACUCUCCCUCACCGGGCAGACGCCCCUCACCCGUCCCGCCCCGAGUGACUCACUGCUCCCCUGGCCCACAGCCACCGCUGUCUCCUGGCAGGAGGCAGGCGCAAGGUUGUGCAGAAGCCACGGGGUCUGGUGCGAGAGGGCUGCUCAGCCAGGAGGGUCUGGAGCAGCCGGACAGGCCAGCUCGCAGAGGCUGGCCUGGGGACAGCAAGGCCGGUGGCUGAGACUUACAGUGGCCAGUGGGAGCCGGCGCCUCCCCCCUCUCCUGGCUUUUAGGCCUUGUCUUUCUUCUUCCCACCAUGAAGAAGGAAGUGACCUGAGAGCCAGCAAAGACAGCCAGCCCCUGGCCGGGAGAAGACCAGGGUUGGAGGGCUGUGGCUGUGGGUCCGUCAGCCGCCGGCUCUCCCAACUAGCCAGGCAUGAAGGGCGGUGGCAGUGCCGUGUGGAGCCUUAUGUGGAAAUACUGCAUCUCCGUGAGGACCCUCAGCGUGGAGGGCGAGGCCCCCAGCAGCGAGACCGGCACGUCCCUGGACAGCCCGUCGGCCUACCAGGGCCCCCUAGCGCCUGGUUCCAGCCUGAGCCCGGACCACUACGAGCACACGUCGGUGGGAGCCUAUGGGCUGUAUGCGGGCCCGCCGGGGCAACAGCAGCGCACACGGAGGCCCAAGCUGCAGCACUCGACCUCCAUCCUGCGCAAGCAGGCCGAGGAGGAGGCCAUCAAGCGCUCGAGGUCACUCUCUGAGAGCUAUGAGCUCUCCUCGGACCUGCAGGACAAGCAGGUGGAGAUGCUAGAACGCAAGUAUGGAGGCCGCCUUGUGACCCGCCAUGCGGCCCGCACCAUCCAGACGGCCUUCCGCCAGUACCAGAUGAACAAGAACUUCGAGCGCCUGCGCAGCUCCAUGUCGGAGAACCGCAUGUCGCGCCGGAUCGUGCUGUCCAACAUGAGGAUGCAGUUCUCCUUCGAGGGUCCUGAGAAGGUGCACAGCUCCUACUUCGAGGGGAAGCAGGUCUCGGUGACGGACGACGGCUCGCAGCUGGGGGCCCUGGUGCCGUCGGAGCGCGGCGACCUCGGCGAGCCGCCCGCCCUCAAGUCUCCCGCCCCAUCCAGCGACUUCGCGGACGCCAUCACAGAGCUGGAGGACGCCUUCUCCCGGCAGGUGAAAUCGCUGGCAGAGUCCAUCGACGACGCCCUCCACUGCCGCAGCCUGCACUCGGGGGAGGCGCCAGCUGCCGACACGGGGCGGGCCCGGGAUGCCGAGCCCAAGCCGGCCCUGCACGGCGCCGACCACCACAAACUGGACGAGAUGACGGCCUCGUACAGCGACGUCACCCUGUACAUCGAUGAGGAGGAGCUGUCGCCCCCCCUGCCCCUCUCACAGGCCGGGCACCGGCCGCCCAGCGCCGAGUCGGACCCGCGGCUGCGGGCCGGGGGCGCCUCGCAGGACUACUGGGCGCUGGCCCACAAAGACGACAAGGGGGACACGGACACGAGCUGCCGGAGCACACCGUCGCUCGAGCGGCAAGAGCAGCGGCUGCGCAUGGAGCACCUCCCGCUGCUCACCAUCGAGCCGCCCAGCGACAGCUCCGUGGACCUCAGCGACCGCUCAGACCGCGGCUCGCUCAAGAGGCAGAGCGCCUACGAACGUGGCCUGGGCGGGCCACAGGGCAGCCCCAAGCACGGCCCCCUGGGCGGCCCCCCGAAGAGCCUUCCCCGGGAGGAGCCCGAGUUGCGGCCCCGGCCCCCCCGGCCUCUGGACAGCCACCUGGCCAUCAACGGCUCGGCCAACAGGCAGAGCAGGUCCGAGUCUGACUACUCGGACGGGGACAACGACAGCAUCAACAGCACGUCCAACUCCAACGACACCAUCAACUGCAGCUCUGAAUCGUCGUCCCGUGACAGCCUGCGGGAGCAGACGCUCAGCAAGCAGACCUACCACAAGGAGACCCGCAACAGCUGGGACUCCCCGGCCUUCAGCAACGAUGUCAUCCGCAAGAGGCACUAUCGCAUUGGCCUCAAUCUCUUCAACAAGAAGCCUGAGAAGGGCGUCCAGUACCUCAUCGAACGUGGCUUUGUGCCUGACACGCCAGUGGGGGUGGCCCACUUCCUGCUGCAGCGCAAGGGCCUCAGCAGGCAGAUGAUCGGCGAGUUCCUGGGCAACCGACAGAAACAGUUCAACCGAGAUGUGCUGGACUGCGUGGUAGACGAGAUGGAUUUCUCCGCCAUGGAGCUGGACGAAGCUCUCCGGAAGUUCCAGGCACACAUCCGGGUCCAAGGGGAGGCUCAGAAGGUGGAGCGGCUCAUCGAGGCGUUCAGCCAGCGAUACUGCAUCUGCAACCCUGGGGUGGUUCGGCAGUUCCGGAACCCAGACACCAUUUUCAUCCUGGCCUUUGCCAUCAUCCUGCUCAACACAGACAUGUACAGCCCCAACGUCAAACCUGAGCGGAAAAUGAAGCUGGAGGACUUCGUCAAGAACCUGCGAGGUGUGGACGAUGGUGAGGACAUUCCCCGGGAGAUGCUAAUUGGGAUCUACGAGCGCAUUCGCAAGCGGGAACUGAAAACCAACGAGGACCACGUGUCCCAGGUGCAGAAGGUGGAAAAGCUCAUCGUGGGGAAAAAGCCGAUUGGAUCCCUGCAUCACGGGCUUGGCUGUGUGCUCUCUCUGCCCCACCGGCGGCUGGUCUGCUACUGCCGGCUCUUCGAGGUUCCAGACCCAAACAAGCCCCAGAAGCUCGGGCUGCACCAGCGAGAAAUCUUCCUGUUUAACGACCUCCUGGUGGUGACCAAGAUCUUCCAGAAAAAGAAGAACUCGGUGACGUACAGCUUCCGACAGUCCUUCUCCCUGUACGGCAUGCAGGUUCUGCUCUUCGAGAACCAGUACUACCCCAAUGGCAUCCGGCUCACAUCUGCUGUCCCCGGAGCAGACAUCAAAGUGUUAAUAAACUUUAACGCUCCCAAUCCUCAAGACCGCAAGAAGUUCACCGACGACCUUCGGGAGUCCAUCGCGGAAGUGCAGGAGAUGGAGAAGCACAGGAUAGAGUCGGAGCUCGAGAAGCAGAAAGGCGUCGUGCGGCCCAGCAUGUCCCAGUGCUCCAGCCUCAAAAAGGAGUCCGGCAACGGGACGCUGAGCCGAGCCUGCCUGGAUGACAGCUACGCCAGCGGUGAGGGCCUCAAGCGCAGCGCCCUCAGCAGCUCCUUGCGGGACCUCUCCGAAGCGGGGAAGCGAGGGCGUCGCAGCAGUGCGGGAUCGCUAGAGAGCAAUGUGGAAGGGUCCAUCAUUAGCAGUCCUCACAUGCGCCGGAGAGCUACAUCAACACGAGAGUGUCCAUCUCGCCCACACCAGACUAUGCCUAACUCAUCCUCCCUCCUGGGCUCCUUAUUUGGGAGUAAGAGAGGGAAGCCCCCUCCCCAGGCCCACCCGCCCUCAGCCCCUCCCCAGCCACCCCCCCACCCACCGGGCCUGCCCCACGCGCAGCACUCUGGGGCCAGCCACCACCAGGGCCCUGCUGAGGGCCCGCCGCAGGCCCAGGUGCACGGGCACCACGCCCAGUACUGCCACGUGCAGCAGAACCCGCCCCCCUACCACCACCACCACCACUACCACCCCCCCCAGCACAUCCAGCACGCACACCAGUACCACCACGGCCCCCAUGGGGGGCACCCACCCUACGGGGCCCACGUGCACAGCCACCCACCGCUGCCCUCGGCCCACGCCGGCCACCCGGGCCACACGGGCCACGGCCACGCAGCGCACCACCACGGGCAGCCCCCCGCCCCGCCGCCCCCCACCAGCAGCAAGGCCAAACCCAGCGGCAUCAGCACAAUUGUGUAGACAGCCUGGGCGGGGUCCCAGACUGCCCCGGAACACCUGCACACCACACAGAGCCAUGCCCGGGGGCGGCCGGCCUCAGACCAGACCCAGGGCACCUCUGUUUCCACCUCUCCCCUCUGCUCCCCGCGGCCUGGAUGGAGCCCUCUGAGCCCACGGGGCUUGUGUUGCAGGGAACAAAGUUCACGAUCUCACUUAGCGUUGGUGUCCUGGGUUCCAUCCACUUGGACCCAAGGGGUGGGCCUCGGCCACCAUCAGCCUUGAAAACGGCGCCACCGGCCACGUAGAUGUUGAGCUGUCCCCCACCCCAAAGCAGCCCUCAGCUCUGCUCCCCAACUGUACAUGCAUAUGAAAACCCAGCCUAGGAAAAGAAGAAACGAGACACAAAAACCAGAGACAGAACAAAACAGAACAAAAACAAAAACAAACCAAACUUGCUGCAUUUAUUGCUCUUUUAUUGACAAUGGGCAAAAAAUUAAGUAGACCUGAUAUGGUUGAUGAAAAUACGUAAGUAAACUUUAUAUAAUAUAAAUAUAUAAAUAUAUAAAUAUAUAUAUAUAUAUACUGUAUAGGUAGUAUUUGUGUGUGAAAGGAAAUGUCUCAGUCCACAAAAUUAGCAAUAUAGACUUUCCAAGGAGCUCCACUUACCCGCUAGGAAGACAGUAUCUUACAUGAAUGUGAGAGAGUAAACCAAAAACGUAAACGCUAGGAACAAAUUCAGAUACUUCCAUAUUUUCAUAAAAAAAGAGGAGAAGUCCCUCCAGGGACUGGCUAAAAUCUUUACGCAAUCAUUACUAACUGUGCCAAGUAACAUAGCAUCUAACUGUUUAAAAAGUCCAAUAUUGCUUUGUAUAAAUCCUUAUUUUAUUAACAGAAAACUAUCAUAAGUAAUCAGUAUUAUAAACUGCUCUGUUAUUUCAGGUAAGCAAAUAGAUACAAAUGCAGGAAACUCUACAGUAGCAACUCAGGACAACUGGUUAGGAACUGGUUGUCUGAGGAUAUUGGUUCCACAGAUUCUUAGACACUUUAAUGGCUGCGAUAACUGUGAAUUUCCAUGAUCCAUAUUUCUUUUAUAUGCAUAUGAUUUAAUGCACACUCAUUCAGAGUCCUCUCAGGGGGGCACCCAUCCACGGCAGAAGUGUUCAUCUCCAACAUGAGGGCGGCCAGCUCCCAUACUCGCCUCCCCAACACCAUAACUAACUCAUCCUGUCUCCAACUGCCACAGGCACCACUCCCACCCCCACCCCCACCCCAGCGAGUUUCCACCGGGAACCGCUCCAAACCCGAAGGCUGAUUCUAGCAUGUAGCAACCCAGGGCGGUGUGUGUGUUUCCCAUUUUGUUUUCUGAGCGGUAGCCGCGAUCAUCGUGAUUCCAUGUGGCCAUGUGCUAGCACAACCCCUGUGUCCUCACCGUGGCCCCUCUGACCCCCACCUCCCGGCCGACGAGUGCCGGCCCUCGCCAGCGAAGCCCCCGCUGCCUUCUCAUGGUCCAGUUAGCUGCCAGGGCAUCACAUGACUCUCAGCUGUGCUCUUGUCGCUUCCGUGUUGUGGUGACACCAUCCGCUCCCCUGGGGCCGGGCGCCGCACGCAUCCGGUUCUGUGACUGAGUCACCCACGGGCCGUACUUUGUAGUUUCAGCCUUUCGAGCCACUGCAGCCGCCAGUGCUGUGCUCCUAAGCCGUGGGACCAGAGGACUGCCCCGCGGCCCCUGCCCCGGCGGAGAGCCCUUUCAGAAAGGGCGAAGCUAGUGCUGGACUCCGCGGGCCACAGGCUCCGCACGCCAUGGACGGCGUGGUGCGCCGUGGCCAGACGGCAGGACGACCGAGGGGAGCCCACCUGGCGGGCCGGCCGGGGGGGGGGGGGGGGGCCCGCCCGUUUCCCUCCCCACCCGCCCCUUUGUCAUAUCAUCGAGGCCACCAUACCAGCAAAUCUGCAAACCGAGCACUUUGUUAAUCUCCACAGAGAGCAAAUACAGCAAUCUAGAGUUUAGCCUUUUUUUUUUUUUUUUUUUUGGAAGAAGUGUGACUUUAACCUGCCCACCUUUAUCUUCCCAUCGUGUCGUGUUUCUCUCCCGGGCACCUGCUCGGAAGGAGGGACGUGUAUAAAGCACGGGUGCGUCUGAUCUGGUCCAGGCCAGGCUGGUGGGAGGCUCCCCGCUUCCACCGGCUCCUAGAUUCCUUGGUUUUCCUGCAGAAUCAGGCUCCCCGAGGCGUUCUCUGUCUUGCGGUUUAAAGGUUGUUGUUCUGACCAGGAGAAGUCGAAUUGUACUGCAUGCCAUCCGGCGUCAGUCGUGUGAGGCCACACUCUAUGUAUUGUGUAUUUGCAAACUAUAUCAGUGUUACUGUUGACAAAUAGUUGAAGUAAAGUGAUAACAUAUUAAAUAUGUCGGCCUUUCUUCACCCUCUGUACCGAUAGUAGAGUCUACCUGUAAACUCGAGGUUGUUCCAGAAAAGAUGCAGGCUGUUUGGCACAAGGUUGCCCUUUCUGAAGGGGUGACCACCGAUGAAAAAGGGUGGACAGCAAAGCCGAUGGGGUCGGGUUGGGGGGCGCUGUCUCCAUCGCCGUCCUUCGUGCACCACGGACCACUCAGAACCCUUACUUCCAAAACUGCCGUCCGUGUGUCCUGAAGCGUGGUCUGGUGGCCACACGGCCGGAUCUAGCGAAAGGGGGCUUCUCGAACCAAUUCCCUUUCUCCCCAUGUGUCCAACUUUGUAAAGCGUGUUGGGCUCAGGUCAGCGAGGCUUCAUCAUUCUUUGAUUUACACGCUUACCGUGGGAAGCGUCUCCAGGGAGUGUUUCCAAGGAGGCUGGAGCCACGCUGCCCGGAAUCUCGUUUGGGAAGCAAAAACUGCCGACAGAUUGCUUUCCCGCGCCCCACCCCCACCCCCUGGGUGGCGCUCUCGUGGGACUGUUCUUUCUAGACCCCAGCCUGCCACAGGGUCAGCGCUGUGGGGGCCUGCCGUCCACCCCCCACUCCGGGGAUAGGCAGCAGGACGCCGAGCAGGACGUUUGUGUCCUCCUUCCCCACCGUCGGGACACACUUGGGACCUUUCUCUCAAGUCGUGCAAAUUGUUCCAGUGAAACGGUCAUUUCCGACACGAGCAGGAGUAGAGGAAGCGGCAGGUAGCACCACAAAAAUCUUUUCUGGGACAACAAUUAAAUCAUGUGUUUGUAUUUUUUUUUAAGUUUACGAAUGAAUUGUACAACAAUGUAAAAAUAAAGUUCAUCCUAAUAUGAUGUGCACAUCUUGCUUAAAAAUGUCUUCAGUCACCCAGCGUAGAGCGAUGUUUCCAUCACGCGCUGCAUGCAGAAGCCUCUUGUUUGUCUUUAAAACGAGCUGAAAAGACAGCAGAUAUGUAAACACGACCCUAGGUGUUGACAAAGCACUCCCUGCAAAGCUGGGUCUCUACGGGUAAGCAUGCAUCUUACGGUUUCGUUGUAAAAUACCAUCACUCUUCCUGCCUGAAAACUGAGGAAUUUUGUAAAGUAUCUCCAAUAACAACAAUAAUCCAGGAAACAGAUUUCGAGACGGAUCAGUGCCAAGUGGGGGGUGGUGGAAAGGGACAGGUGGGAGGAGGGGCGUGUGCCUCUUUCUUACCCACGAAGGGGCGCACGUUAGCCUAACCGCGGUCGCAUCGAGGUCCCGCACAGGACCCGUCUCCUCUUGGGAACUGUCGUCCACCUUCUAGUUGUUUUAAACGGUUAGCAUCAGGUCUUGACUGCAGACCUUCCAAAGACUUCGAGAGACACCUCCCUCGCCAGAGGCCCGGCACCCGCUGUGUAACUUUGGGCAGGACAGGAGUGCUUUUGUUUUAACACGCGUUCUGUUUGUGAGUAGUAACAGACUCUAUUGAUGUAAAACCAUAGCUGUGAUCAUGUGGAGAAAUCAAAUAAAUCCUUUAAAACUC